AUGAAUCCCGGAGAGUUCCCCAACCCGGGCGCGGGGCCUGGCCGGCCAGCCCCGAACACUGCGAUGAGGAUGAAUGCAAACAUGCAGGUCCCAAAGAAUGACAGUGUGCAAGCUAUGAUGACCUAUGUUGCGCAAAUGUUGCAAAACCAGGGACCGUAUGGAGGUUGGAAGGCAGAGGUUCCAAUCAAGACUCGGGCGACAAAUGUGUAUCAAAUGAUCACCUCUCUCCGUUUGAUCCAGCCUCGCAUCGAUCUCCACCAAGCAGCCCAGGCGGCCAUGGCUUUCGAAUUAAAAGCAUUCACCAAAGCUAACGAGAAGAUCGAAUACGAGAAAGAAUGCAACGAGAAGCUUCUUCACAUUAGAAACACCCGAGAGAGACAGGCCGCGGUCGCUUACCAAAGUGGAAUGAUGCCCCAGACGGGUGCUGGUCAAAAUCAGAUCCCAGGCGCCUUUCCACAACAUCUCAACCAGGGCAUGCAAGCGUCCCCGGUUUCUGGCCAACAGCAGAUGGCAAUGGGAAUGAAUGGGCAGAACCAGCAGGCAGCAAUGCAGCAGCAACAACGACAGCAACAGCAGUCACAGGCGAUGAUCCAGCAGCAGCAGCAGCAGCAGCAGCAGCAACAACAACAGCAGCAGCAGCAGCAGCAGCAGCAGCAGCAGCAACAGCGGGCUCAACAACGUCCUGGUAAUGGCAUUCCAAUGGUGGACGACCUCAGCACGCUUUCAGCCCAAGAUCUUGACCACGUCUCUCGACUGGCAAACGAGAUGUUGAACAAAACUAGCCCGGAAGAUAUGGAGAAGAUCAAAUCGAAUCUAUCAAACAUGACACCCGAGCAGCGGCAAUACCUGGCACGGAAAAAUCUUGAGCCAAUGACCUAUUUUUUCCGCUCGCAGGCCCUCAACCAAAUCAGACGCCAUCGUCGCGCUCGUCUGGAAAUGGGGGCACGUGCGCCAAAUGCUGGGGUGGAUGCGAAUGGUAAUAUGAUGGGCGACCCCAUGAUGAAUUCUCAGCACCAGCGACAGAUGCUUCAAAACAUGCUAAACCUUCAACGUAAUUCUGCAUUUCCUGGAAAUCCUGGCCAGACGAUGGAACCCCCGAACUUCAUUGGCAACGUGGAAAACAUCCAGGGACAGCAGGCAGAUGGCCUGCGCUCACAGGAGGCUGGUCAGCUAGUCGUUCCUGCGAGCUCUUCGCAAAUGAACCAGGCCCCAUUUCCGAAUAAUAACAACAAUAUGUUCCCACAACAGAUGGGCCAGAAUAGCCAGGUGAAUAUGAACGCCAAUAACCCAAACGCCCAGGCCCAGUUUCUUGCCCAGCAGCAUCUGCAGGGUGGUUCCAAUACUCCCCAGGAUCGAAUGCAGUUCCAGGCACAACAGUCUCAGGCCCAGGCUCAGGCUCAGGCGCGUGCACAAGCAGCCCAGAAGGCUCAGAUGGCGAUGUCGGGCCAUGCUAGCCAAUUGACACCCCAAUCGCAGCCGCAACUAAACGGACAGAGCCCCGUUAUGCCAAUGCUGAACCAACCCAUGGCUCCGGGCCAGAUGUCUCCGGUCCAGGUGCCCGCUCAAGCUCGACCACCGUCCCGACCUGCGAACAUGGGCCAGCAUCCAGCUGGUGUUGCAGGACAGGCUGCGAUGCAAGGCCCACCCCAAAUUCCUUCCAACAUCCCACCCCACAUCCAGGAACAACUUGCUCGCAUGCCCCCUGAACAGGCCAGGGCUUUUAUCAUGCAGCAACGCCGUGCUGCUCUCAACAACAUGGCCCGAGCCAACCCCGGCCAACAGCCGCAACCUCAACCAGGCCAAGCCCAACCGAUGAUGAAUAAUCAGAUGGGCAAUGCCAUGAUGAGAGCCUCGAUGGGUGGCCCGCAGGAUUUGAACUCGGGGGGAAUACCCCAAGGCCAGCAAAUGACUCAACAGCAACGUCAACAACGCCAGAAUGAGGCCUAUAAGCUCCAACUGCUACGGCAGCAAAACAACGGCGUGGAGAUGACUCCUGAGCAGGGCAAGCAAAUGGACCGCGUGUCUUUCCCACCCUCUAUUCUGAACAUGAAUGGCACCUCGAUGCAAGUUCCUAACAACGUAAAAUCAUGGGGCCAACUCAAACAGUGGGCAAUUUCGAACCCUCAAGUUGCAAGUCCCAACGACCUCCCGCGCCUUAUGAUGCUCCAAAAGCUUCAUCUUGGUCAACUACUCUCAGCCUCCACGAAUCAAGUCAGAGACCAGAAUGGCCAGGGUUCAGCGGCAACCCCAUUCCAAAGCACCCAGGCUCCGUUUGCGAACGCCCAAGGUUUCCCUCCUGGUCAACAACCCACUGCUAUCAACAUGGCAGCUAUGCGGCAAAUCUCCGCUCAAGACAUCCAGAUGGCUCGCCAAAAGUUUGGACACCAGGCGGCAAACUUCACCGAUGAGCAGAUUCAAAAGAUUCUGUACCAAAACCGCCAAAAGCAGAUGAUGCAGGCUGCACAGAACCGAGCAAUGCAACUUGAAGGAAGCACGCAGCCUGGGCAGCUAAGUCAACCGCCGGCGCAACCUCCUAUUCCUGCAGCACAGCCUAUUCCACAAAUCAAGCCACAGCAUCCCCAACCCCCGCAAUCGACUCCCCAGGCGGCGAAUGCAAAGACCCAGACUGCGGCCGCAGCUAAAGCUUCCAAGGGUGCUACCGGGAAGCAGCCCUCAAAGAAGAGACCUAGUGCAGAUGAUUCCACAGAAGCCCGAGUCACAACUACACCCCAGAUGAGCCAGCCUGUGGCUGUCCCAGGCGCCGCAGGGACAACCCCCCAGCGUCCAGGUCUCCCGUUCACGCAGGAACAGCUUGCACAAAUGCCUCCUCAUCAGCGAGCUCAGUUUGAGGCUCACAUGCGGAGGCAACAGUCUCAAAGUCGGGGUCAGGUACUCAGCAGGGCUGCUGCGGAGGAGGCAUGGAACAGGAACCUACCACCGCAGGUCAUGGAGGUUUAUAAUGACAUCGCCAAGAACGCUCCACCUGCAAAGCCCAUGCCUGUCUCGCCAGAACAGAAGGCCGCCAUGACUAAACAACUACGUGAUGCCUUGGAUGUUCUUGGCCGAUUGGAUGCCCUUGUACAGUGGUUUGCAAAGAUGCAAGGCCAGGAGAAGAAUGUGAAGAAUCUUCUCGCCAUGCGUAUCCAAUUGAUGAGGCAGUUCAAGCCCUCGCCGGACUGGGUUGUGAAUGAUCAUUUCACGGUUUCUUCAGAUUACCUCACUGGUGCAAUCCUUUUUAUGCGGAAGUUGUUCACAGUGAUGAUUUCUCGCAUGCAACAACAAGGUCAACGUCCUAGCGUCUCCCAACCCCCUGGCUCCAACGCCCAGGCAUUGCAAGGUAACAUGCCAGCACUGAACGCGACCAACUUGCAGCAUUUGCAGGCACAGGAAGAGGCCCUCCAACGGGCCCGACGCGCCUCUAGCCAGUCAGUGGCAAAUGUCCCAACUGCACCUUUCGCGGCUCCAUCUCCCAGGGGCGUCCCCCAAUACGCCCCAGGCGGACUUGCCCCUGAGAAUCUCAAACUGCCUCCUCCUAAAAAGCGAAAGCAGUCUCAUGGCGUGGCAUCUUCUCCAAUUCAAGCAACUGCAACUCCUGGCGCAGCGGCAAAAUACAACAAAGCGGUGGCGGACGCCACGUCCAAUGCUGCAGCAAUGGCAGAUGCUUUCAAAUGCAGUGUAGUCGAGUGUCAGCACCACUACCAAGGAUUCCCUACGCAAGCCGUCUUGGACAAGCACGUUGAAGAAUGCCAUCAACCUGAGGAAGAAGAGGUGAUCGAGGAUCCUCUCAAAUAUUACCAUGAAAGUAUCUCGAUGGGUCUUGGACUGAACCCCAAUGAUAGCCUGGAAACCCAGCAGACAGCCACACCCGCACCCGUGCCACCUUCCAUCAAGCCUAAUGCAACAGCUUCUCCCACGAAACAAAGUAUUGCUACUCCUCUCAUUUCUAACAACACGCCUAUGGCUAGGGUCACUAGCCAAUUCGGAGCCAAGACUGCAUCUCCUGCUCCAUCAACUCAGCUGCCCACCCCGCAGUUGUCGUCUCUCAAGGGAACGAAGCCUGUUGAGAAGGAUGGAAAGAAGGAUGUCAUCAAACUGGAGGAAAGCGACACGAAGGACCCCUGGGCAGAUUGUCCCACUUCACUUGACACAAUCCAUGAUACCUUUUCAAAUCUCGCGAGCAAGGAUCUGCCUCACCUGGGCUAUGAUUCACUUGAGGACUUCGAUAUCAAUGAAGCUACCCCGGUGGAUGAUGACUGGGCUGCUUUUGCUAGUCUGACUCCUCCAGAUGAGGCCCAGGAGGCAGCUUUCUUAGAGAGGUUUUAUGAACCUUGGGACGAUGAGUCCAUUCAACUGGCUGCAGAGAGGAUGCGUAUCCCGCCUGAGAUCCAGGUCAAGGGCAUCGGACCCAUGGGCCAGCUUGAGGUUGACUGGGAUGCUGUUGCGCGCUACGAGAGGGAAGGCAUCAGAAUUCGCAUGCCUAAGUGA